GGAUCGCUUCCCGAUACCAGGUACGAAGUUGGCGGGAGGCUGGCUCCCGAUUUGUCUCCUUUGAGCCGCGGGGAGGGCUCGGGGCUGCAGUAGAAUUGCAACCUUGCCAAUGGACCUGAUUGGUUUCGGUUAUGCGGCCCUUGUGACAUUUGGAAGCAUCUUGGGAUAUAAGCGGAGAGGCGGUGUUCCAUCUUUGAUCGCUGGUCUUUUUAUUGGAUUUUUGGCUGGCUAUGGAGCCUACCGUGUCUCCAAUGACAAGCGAGAUGUCAAACUGUCACUGUGUAAGUAAGACAUUUUGUCCAGUUAUGGAGAAGGGCCGAACCUUGGGAGUGGCUUUUUUGAUACCCUACACUAGGCAUACUGGAAAACGUGCAGCCACGUGGCAAGUGGGUAUGCAUGUGUCGAGACUGAACACAAAAUCGCAAACAAGGAUGUUGCUCUCAGGCCUUCAAACACAGA